AACGAGUACGCAUACAAAAACGAUCAACGGAGGCAUCAACUGAUACUAAAACUAAAGAGAUGCAUCAACUAACAACAACGUCAUCAACAAGUAAGAACACUGCCACAAAAAAUAUGAAAAUAAUAAAUUUAAUAAUAAAAAAAGAUGAAAACAAAUAUAUGUGUCCAAAUAAUAUGUGCCGAAAAAUAUUAAAAGCACAAGGUGCAACAAUGCAUGUCAAAGCAUGCGCUAUAGCAUGGCUGAUCGAACAAGAAGUUCAAACUUAA